AUUAAAUAUUAAUAAAUAAAUAAAAUUAUUGAACAUAUCCAGUCAUAAUUUCACUUUUAAAACAUUAGUUAGCUUUUGUGUUAAUACAAAUUACCAUGUGAAAUGCUUGCAUGAAUAAAAUCUAAAAAAAAAAAAAAAGAAUACAUAUAAUGUAUAUAUAAAAUAUACCGAUCACCCACAACAUUAAUACCACCUUCCUAAUAUUGUGUAGUCCCACUCCAAAACAGUGUCAACCCGCAUCUCAGAAUGGCAUUCUGAGAUGCUAUUCUUCUCACCACAACUAUACAGAGUGGUUAUCCUGCAGGAGAUCAGUUACAGAAAUACUCAAACCAGCCCAUCUGGCACCAACAAUCAUCCAUGCAUCGAAUCAGCUAAUCAUGUGGCAGUAGUGCAGUGCAUAAAAUCAUAUAGAUACUGGUCAGGGGAUUUGAUCUUAGUGAUUUGGCCAUGGCAAGAUUGUUGGGGACAGAUGGGCUGGUUUGAGUAUUUCUGUAACUGCUAAUCUCCUGGGAUUUUCACACACCUCAACAGUCUCUAUAAUUUACACAGAAUGGUGCCCAAAACCCCAAAAAACUUCCUGUGAGUGGCAGUUCUGCGAAUGGAAAUGCCUUGUUGAUGAGAGAGAACAACAGAGAAUGGCCAGACUGGUUCGAACUGCAGUAACUCAGUUACCCGUUCUGUACAAUUGUGGUGAGAAUAAUUUUAUCCCAGAAUGCUAUUUUGAAAAAUGGGUUGGCGCUGUUUUGGCAGCACGAGGGGGACCUACACAAUAGACAGGUGAUUUUAAUGUUGUGGCGGAUCGGUGUAUAUCAUAUAAGAAAAUAAGUCCACAGUUUUUCCGCCUCAGUUACGUCAAAACACGCGUCAUAGGGAUUCAGUUAACGAAUCUUUUGCAUCAAUGCGAUGAUGUGCUGAGCGAGCGCUCUCCGUCAUUGGCUCGUGAAGCGCACGCCACUGAUUCUGCGGUAAAGAUGGCGGCGGCGGAGGGGGCUCGCAGCGGCUGAAGCAGAACAGAACGACCCCUGACGGGUCCGCUAUAAGAGAAACAGUCUCUGGGGGCCUGAGGAUCGUACUUUCCUGAUUAACCCCACCGCUUAUCCAGUGCCGUUUAGUAUAAUUUAACGUUUUGACUGUGUGCUGUUAGGUGGUGGGUGGGUUCUCACACACACACACACACACACACACACACACACACACAUCGAUUGCUAAGCUAAGCUAAAGGAGCUCGGUCCGGUCCGGUAGAGGAGGGUGAGGAAGAGAAGAGGCGGAGGAGAGGUUAUCCAGAAGAGGAACACUACUAUCCCGAGCAGAACAGACGGUUUGGUUGGGGGAUGUGAUCGAUCCAAACGGGCGGCGGGUGUUUCCACGGAUCUGUGUUGUUUUCCCACCCAGAACACUCGCAGGAUGGGACAACAGGUAGGCCGCGUGGGAGAAGGGGCUUCCGCGGGGCUCCAGACCCCACCGCAGGGACAACAGCAGCUGCAGCAGGGCAGAGCGAACCGGGCCAGCAGCUCCGGGAGGAGACCUCGAGACGGCAGCAACAUCAUCGGGACUCCACCGGGCAGAACCGCUGCUGCUGCUAACAUCAUUCCGGAUCCAGGAAUCAACAUCUUCACCCUACACUCCGAGGCCCUGCACAGGCCGUUCGGACUGGACUCGUCUGCGCUGACCGAAGCUGUGCUUUGGAGCUCAAAGGAGAAUCUGCUAGGUGCAGCUGAGAGUGACCCAAACCUCUUUGUUGCACUUUAUGACUUUGUUGCCAGUGGCGACAACACGCUGAGCAUCACAAAAGGAGAAAAGCUGCGAGUGCUGGGCUACAAUCAGAAUGGAGAUUGGAGUGAAGUGCGUUCGAAGAACGGUCAGGGUUGGGUACCCAGUAACUAUAUCACCCCUGUGAAUAGCCUAGAGAAGCACAGCUGGUAUCACGGGCCUGUGUCCCGCAGCGCUGCAGAGUACCUGCUCAGUAGCCUUAUCAAUGGCAGCUUUCUGGUUAGGGAGAGCGAGAGCAGCCCUGGCCAGCUCUCUAUUUCAUUGCGCUACGAGGGACGGGUCUAUCACUACAGGAUCAACACCGCCUCUGACGGAAAGGUCUAUGUAACAGCCGAGAGUCGUUUUAGCACGUUAGCUGAGCUGGUUCAUCAUCAUUCCACAGUGGCAGAUGGCCUCGUAACCACACUACACUACCCAGCCCCAAAAUGCAAUAAGCCUACAGUCUACGGCGUCUCUCCCAUCCAUGACAAGUGGGAGAUGGAACGCACCGACAUCACCAUGAAGCACAAGCUUGGAGGAGGCCAGUACGGAGAGGUGUACGUGGGAGUUUGGAAGAAGUACAAUCUCACUGUCGCCGUCAAAACCCUAAAGGAGGACACUAUGGAGGUCGAGGAGUUUCUGAAAGAAGCUGCAGUCAUGAAGGAGGUGAAACAUCCCAAUCUAGUACAGUUACUUGGUGUUUGUACGUUAGAGCCUCCAUUCUAUAUAGUGACCGAGUACAUGCCACACGGUAACUUGCUGGACUACCUGCGUGAGUGUGAUAGGGAGCAGGUGAAUGCUGUGGUGCUGCUCUACAUGGCCACUCAGAUCUCAUCCGCCAUGGAGUAUUUAGAAAAGAAGAACUUCAUCCACAGGGACUUGGCUGCUCGUAACUGCCUGGUUGGGGAGAAUCACAUGGUGAAGGUGGCUGAUUUCGGACUGAGCCGCCUGAUGACCGGUGACACCUACACUGCUCAUGCAGGAGCCAAGUUCCCCAUCAAAUGGACAGCACCAGAAAGUUUGGCCUACAACACCUUCUCCAUCAAAUCAGAUGUGUGGGCAUUUGGAGUGUUGCUUUGGGAGAUUGCGACAUAUGGCAUGUCUCCAUACCCAGGGAUUGACCUCUCUCAGGUGUACGACCUGCUGGAGAAGGGCUACCGCAUGGAGCAGCCCGAGGGCUGUCCACCUAAAGUCUACGAGCUCAUGAGAGCCUGUUGGCAGUGGAGUCCACUGGACAGACCUUCAUUUGCUGAGAUUCACCAAGCCUUUGAGACUAUGUUCCAUGACUCCAGCAUUUCAGAAGAGGUAGCAGAAGAGUUGUGUAAAACCGCUUCUGGUGGACAUGUGCACACCUUUGGUCAUGAUAUGCCACUCUUGCCUUCAAAGUCUCGUGGGCAGAAGAAACACUCUGAGAAUAAAGAAAAUAUGGAGGAGGCAGGACCCCACGGCCCUGCAGGUUUUGCAACCUCACAUUUUGCUGGUGAUGGGCGCUCCAGCAGCUCUCCGGCCUUACCACGCAAACAGAGGGAUAAAUCUCCCUCUAUUCUGCUCGAGGACUCCAAAGACACCACCUUCAACCGUGACCGCAAAACAGGCUUCUUCAGUUCUUUCAUAAAGAAGAAGUCUUCUUCCUCCACUUCUUCCUCACAAAAUCUCCCAAUGCCUCCCAAAAGGAGCAGUUCUUUCAGAGAGAUGGAGACCCAGCCUCAUAAAAAGUAUGAGCCCACAGCAGGGUUUGGGGGCCCUCCUCCUUUGCCCCAGUCUGAUGGGUUGAGUUUUUCUCCAUCUCAUGGAGAAGGCAACCAUUUGCAAUCCCGCUGUUGUGGGGCUACAUUUGGGCAGAAGCCCUCAAACUCUGUAGCAACCUCUAGUCAGGUAGGAGGAAGUAGUAGCUGGGGAAGCCUAGCAGGCUUCUUCACUCCUCGCCUUAUCAAAAAGACUCUGGGAUUGCGGACUGGUAAGCCUACUGGGAUAGAUGAAGGGGGAGGAACCAAGCCUUUCCCACGUUCCAAUUCCACUUCCUCUAUGUCUGCUGGGUUGCCAGACUUGGAGCGCAUGGCUUUGACAUUACCAAGAAACCGUAGCAAACCCCCACUAGAACGCACAGCUUCCACCACUUCACAGCCCGAGAAUGGGGCACCACAUCCUUCAGAUGCAAUCCUGAGGAAAUUCGAUGAAGGUACGGCUCAGAUACGGGAUCGUCCCAAAGCCAAGCUCUUGCCACGAGGGGUGGCAAGUGGGGCAGGUGGAGUGAGAGCUCCAGGGGUAGGGGGAGAGGCCGAUUCAGACUCCAACCCACGGGGAAAAGAUGGUCAUGAAGACAGACAAGGCUGGUCAUCUCCAUCAAAGACCUCCACUCUUGGGUUGGUCAAUCUGCACAAUCACAAAGUUCCAGUGCUGAUCUCCCCUACCCUAAAGCACAGCUCAGCCGAUGCACACCUAGUCGGCAUGGACUCUCAGGGCAACCGUUUCAAACUGCUGUCAGACAGCGAUCGUGACCGGCCACGACUUGUGAAGCCCAAAUGUGCACCCCCUCCCCCGCCCAUGCUCCGCUCCCUCCAACAUACCUACAGUGCUGAUGCAGCCGAUGAAGCAGCCAGUGGCAGUGUAGAGGUCAAUGGAGAUGGGAUCAAAAAAUCAGGGAGAGAGGCAAGAGGGGCACGUCCAUCAAUACCACCACCGCAAGUGCCUCCGUUCCCCUAUAGUAACAUCAUCACCCAGACUAAGAUGGCCAAUGGUGCUUCCAGUGGACCUGGCCAGACUUCCACCAAACCUACCUUUAGACGGACUCGACAGCAGGCAGAACGUAUCCCACUAGAGAAGAUUAGCAAGGAAGCUCUUUUGGAAUGCGCUGAAUGCUUGAGUUGUGCCCUACAAGGCAGCACUGAUGUUUCAUCCAACAGCCAGGUCUUGGAAGUGGGACACCAGCUUUUGGACUACUGCUCUGGAUAUGUUGACUGCAUCCCACAAACACGUAAUAAGUUUGCCUUUCGCGAGGCAGUGGGGAAACUGGAGUUGGGUCUACAGGAGCUUCGUGCAUCCUCUACAGGUGGGGGAGGGGGACCUGGGUCCAGCCCUGCCCUUGACAACUUGCACACCUGCAUUAAAGAGAUUAGUGAUGUGGUGCAAAGGUAGCCACUGUGUCCAUCUGUUGCUACACCCUCCAAAAAUCCUCCUCCUCCACCUCUUGAGACUUUACUUCCCCAAACCAAUCUAGUUUUAUUUAAAUGUUGGGGGACAGAGAAUAUUCUCUCAGAAGUACCUCAGAAAUUACUACAAACACACUCUAUUUCUCUCUUUUUAUUGUUUACAGGUGACUUUCUUCUUGAAAUUGCCAGUUGGGAACAGAGUCUAUACUUUGUAUAUAAGCUUUAUGUCAAUACCAAUAUACACAGUUUCGUUUUUAGCCAAUGUACUUUGUAAUUUUAACCGUUUUAUUUUGGUUUGACAAAAGUAAUUUUCACAAAUAGAUUGCACAGGUUACGGUGAGCCUAAAUUUCACUGACAGCAGACUAACUGUUCUGGCUUUCAGAGAAAAUAUUUGAAGAUUGCCAUCCACUGUUCAGGAUACUCAUUUUGCAUCUGAUCUCUAAUAACUGGAUAUUGUGUAAAUGUCAUUACAAAAAUAAGAAUGUCCACCAGUUAAGACAUUCAUUGAAUUUGCUUUAGGAUAAAACAUACUGCCUGUUCAGAGCAAAGAGAAUCAAUGAUUGUGGAACACAUUUAGCUCUGUGCACAUUUGUUUGGUUUCAUGUUACACACUAUACUGUAAGUGGCACCACAUCCCAAACUGUCAUUUUAAUUUGACCACGUUUAUCAACACUACAGCAUUUAAUGAGCAUUGAUGGUUUAGUAGAUCUUUCUGUAAUUAGGCUUUGCAUUUUUGUCAUUAGUAUUGGUUUGCUAUAGAAUUAUUGAGUUGGUGUUGGGUCAGCCACCACAUGGAUCAUAUUUGAGCUUAUAUCAGUGACCUUUAUUAUAAUGCCCCCAACAACCGUUGCCGGAAAUCUACUCUCUGCUUGUUGUACACCUCAGAAUUAUCAAGCCUUUGUGUAUUAUCAAUUUUUAAGGGAUAGUUCCCUCAAAAAUCAUCGUCGUCAUCGUAUGGUUUCAAAUUCUAUAUGACUUUCUUUUGCGAAAUGCAAAAGAUGUUAUGCAGAAUGUUAGGGAUUGACAGCCUCAGAAACCAUUACAUUUAUUGCAUCUUUUUUUUUCCACACAAUUAAAGUAAAUGGUGUCUGAGACUCCUGCCUAACAUCUUGUUUUCUGUUCCACUGAAAAAAGAAAGUCAUACAGGUUUGGAACGAUGUGAAGGCAAAUGACAAUAGAAUAAAAUGUUUUUGUUGAACUAACCAUUGAAGAAUUCUUAAUUUAGAAGAGGUGAAUUUUUUGACAACAUUGAAUCCGCAAGACUACUAAUACAAUAUUGCCAAGUCUUUUAAAAAAAACUGCAUUUUUUUAGCACAUUGAUUUGCAACUUUCAUUUUAACUUUAGAAUGUCUCCAUUUGUAAACUUGAAUUUUGUAUUAUUUUCUAUUAAAAGCACAGGCAUUUUUAAGAUAUUGUAGAUAUUGCAUAUUAUUUUAUACCCACAAAAGAUGUGGAAGAUCAAGCUCAUUUAUGUCUUGUAAAAGACACAGUUGGUUAGUGGAAUUAUAUGUUUUGUGGUGAAGUGCAGAAUUUGGUGCGAGGGUCUCUGUGCAUCUACAUUAUGAAUGUAAUCAUUUGUCAAAAUCAGGAAUGUUAUUUUAUUUUUAUUUUUGUGGAUGUUUUCUAGAAUCUCUUCUCACAACAUUCAACCUUUUUAUUUAUUAAAAGAAACCUUUUUUUUUUUUAAGGUCAAAAAACAGUAACACAAUUUGUCUUGUUCUGUAGUCGUUAAAAGAUUUAGAUUUCUAUUAGAAGUUGCAUAAAAGAGAUUUUUGUGGGUACGCUACAACUUCAUAAUGAAAUAUAAUUAAGAUUAUUUGAAACGAUUACACUGGAGCACAUUUUUAAAGCAUAAAGGUUAAUUGCCUUGCCUUAAUUCUAGUGUGUAAUAUGGAAAUCUUUGCUUUUGCCAUACAUCUCUGUAAUAUUUCAGUUCCACUGCAGCAGGAAAACACA